UCAUCAGCAUAGAGACUGAGAGUAGACUGAGGCAAAAGCUUACACAAAGCGACGGCAGACAGCAGACAGACACAGGGCUAGAGUGUAAGAGAACAGCAGCAAUGGCCGAGACUCCGAGUAAACCAGGAGGGGCUGGACUGUUUGCCAAACACGUGCAAAAGAGAUUCAUGAGAGCACAAGAACUGGUUCUCCAGAGAAUUGGCAAAACCAUGGAAACAAAAGAUGAACAGUUUGAGCAGUGCGCAAACAGCUUCAACAAACAACAGGCUGAUGGGAACAAGCUCCAUAAGGACCUGAAAGCGUACCUGAAUGCUGUGAGAGCAAUGCAUGAGACAUCAAAGAGGCUUUCCCUAACUCUGCAGGAGGUUUAUGAGUCUGAUUGGGAGGGGAAGGAUGAACUGCACCCCAUCGUAGAGAAUAAUGACCUGCUGUGGGCAGACUAUGAGGAGAAGCUGUCUGAUCAGGCCAUGAGGACACUGGAGACAUACCUGAGCCAGUUUCCAACAUAUAAGAAGCGUAUUGCUAAGCGAGGGCGUAAACUGGUGGAUUAUGACAGCUGUCGACACCACCUUGAAUCUUUGCAAAGUGCCAAGAAGAAAGAUGAAGCAAAGAUCACUAAGGCUGAAGAGGAAUUUAUUAAUGCCCAGAACGAGUUUGAAGAACUAAAUGCUCAGCUCCGUGAGGAACUCCCUGAGCUGUGGAACAGCCGCAUUGGAUGCUACGUGACGAUAUUUCAGAACAUGUCUAAUUUGCGGGAUGUUUUCUAUCAGGAGAUGAGCAAGCUGAACCAGAGCCUGUACUUUGUGAUGACAAAGCUGGAGAAGCAGCACAGUACCAAGGUGUUUAUCGUGAAGGGCAUUGCAAGCAACAGGCGUUCAUUGAUUAUCUCAUCGCCGGUCAAUCCUGCAAAUCGACUUUCAGCCUCUUUGGAGAGCAGCUUUGAACAAUCAUCGGUAGCUGCCACCAUAUCGAAGGAGGAGGUGUUAUCUCCUACAACACCACCCUCCACUGAAGUUGCACCUCCCCCAGCCCCAGCAUCCAGCGAAGCAGCCCUUGAAACGACUGAACCACACCAAGAGACUCACCCUGCUGUAGUGCCGCCACAAAACAAAGUGCCAAAACCUCUUCCACGUUUAUCAUUAAGUAACAUUGAGCCCCUUGAUCUACCUCCUUCUGCAACACAAUCUCACUCUGAAGAACCAGAUGGUCCAAUUGCUUCACCUCGAGAUAUUUCAGCCCCAACUGAUCUCACACAUGCCGAGAAUCCAAAUGCUUCAGAAAAUUCAAGGCUAGAGUCCUCUGGAAAAAUCGUAGAUACCUCUCCACCUAAAGCACUUAGAAGUGAACCACCUUCUUCAGAAUCUACAUUGCUUGAAUUGUUCAGUAAUGAUUUGCUCCAUCCACCUAGCACAGGUGAAAAUCACUCAGAAAUAUUGUCUACCAAUACCUCCCCAUCGCUUGAAAGCUCGUCCACAGUUACUGUCGAUGGUAGCGAAGAAGCCAUCUCAACCAUUGAAGAUUUAACUUCUUCAUCUUCAUCAUCAGCUCAAAAGUCUUCUGCAGAUCCAGAUACAAGUCCUUGUCUAGCAGUGCCAUCUGGGGAAGCAUCUCCGAUGUUAAGCUCUGCAACUCCCACAGCCUCAGAACCCGAGCCAGAAGUUCCAGUGCCUGCAGAGGCCUUGGUUUCCUCUGAAGAUCAAGCACCCGAUGAGGUGACCAUGGAAGCUAGCCCAGCAGCUUUCGAAGCCUCAGAGGCUGAGCCCAAAGCCCAGGUUCCAACGGAUGCCUCAGCUUUCUUGGAAGAUCACCCAUCUGAUGAGGUGGCACCUCAGGCCGAUUCUGCACCUCCUGGAGCCUCAGAGGUUGAACCCACAAUCCAAACCUUUAGUGAAGCCUCACCUCCCCCUGAGAAAUGUACAACAAAUGAAGAGAACUCCCCUAUCAACCUUACAGCUCCAGAAGGGUCGCAGCCUGACGCACAAGCUUGUAUCGAAGAACUAACAUCACCUAAUGCUCAGAGCAUGGUGUCCGUCCCUUCAGUUUCCCUUUCGGUUGAGGAUGCCUUGAUCUUUCCAGCAGGUGGCGCCUCGGUUGACCUACAGACUUGUGAACCUGCUGCGACCUCUGACCCAACAUCAGUCACUUUGCCGCAGCCACCACGUCAGGCCAUGACUCAGCCUCCCACUGAUAAACAUGAGGUGGAAGACAGCGGAGAUAUAGCUCACGAAAGAGAAGAUACAUCCCUGACUUCUUCAGGGAGUGAACGGCUGGCAUUGGAUGAAAGUAAAGCUAUCCAGAGAUCACCUUGUGAAGAGCUGCCACCUGGAUUCAUGUAUAAGGUGAAAGCAACACAGAGCUCAUGUGAGGAAACACACUUACAGUUCACUGAGGGGGACAUGGUUCUGUCUUGCAAUGAGACUGAAACACAGACCGAAGGCUGCCUGGUGGGUGUUAAACAGACGGAUUGGAAUCAGUUCAAGGAUGUGACUAGUCUGCAAGGUCCAUUCCCAGAAGAUCUUACUGAGCACGUGGAUUGAACGCAGAUUGUGGGAUUGAUACUAGUGGCUCCGAUUCCUUUGAGAAAGCCUUCAUGUUGCUGCCUAUGUCCAAAGCUAGCUUCAGGGACCAGCAUCAGUGAGAACAACAACACCGUUGAGUUACAUCUGAGCAGUAGAAAGGCUGAGAGACUCUAGGCUUCUUCCUGUUCUCUGUUUGUACGCUUCUGCAUUGAGUUCCAUUUUGUUACAUGCACUGCAAUAAAAAAAGCUGUACCAAGAAA